AUGCACAACAUCCAAUUAGUACAAGAAAUAGAAAGACAUGAAACCCCGUUAAACAUUAGACCCACGUCUCCAUAUACCCUAAAUCCUCCUGUUGAGAGAGAUGGCUUUUCUUGGCCAAGUGUGGGAACAAGACAACGUGCAGAGGAAACAGAAGGAGAGGAAAAGGAGCGAAUCCAACGUAUUUCGGGCGCAAUUAAGACAAUUUUGACCGAACUAGGUGAAGAUGUCGAUAGAGAAGGUCUACUAGAUACUCCACAAAGGUACGCCAAAGCCAUGCUGUAUUUCACUAAAGGUUACCAGACAAACAUUAUGGACGAUGUCAUUAAGAAUGCUGUAUUUGAAGAAGAUCAUGAUGAAAUGGUCAUUGUUCGUGAUAUUGAAAUUUACUCGUUAUGUGAACAUCAUUUAGUGCCAUUUUUUGGUAAAGUUCAUAUCGGAUAUAUACCAAACAAAAAAGUCAUCGGGUUAAGUAAAUUAGCCAGAUUGGCAGAAAUGUAUGCUAGAAGGCUCCAGGUUCAAGAAAGACUUACAAAGCAAAUUGCAAUGGCGUUAAGUGAUAUUCUAAAACCAUUAGGUGUAGCCGUUGUUAUGGAAGCUUCUCAUAUGUGCAUGGUUUCAAGAGGUAUUCAAAAAACGGGUUCAUCUACGGUAACUUCCUGUAUGCUUGGAGGGUUUAGGGCUCAUAAAACAAGAGAAGAAUUUUUAACCCUUUUAGGAAGAAGAAGUAUUUAA